UAUCAUCAUGUGGCUGUUCUAGCUUUCGACAUUCUCGCAAUCAUUUCGAAGUUAUUCCUUUCUUAAUCAUUUUUCUUCAGAAUGUCUUUGGUAACGAAUGCCAUGCGAAUCGUGUCGAAAACACGACCCACAAUUCUUGCUUCUCAAGCCAGUUAUCACGAAAAGGUGAUUGAUCAUUACGAACAUCCCCGUAAUGUCGGAUCUCUUGACAAAAAUGAUCCAUCCGUAGGAACAGGAAUUGUUGGAGCACCUGCUUGCGGUGACGUCAUGAAAUUGCAAAUUAAGGUGGACGAAAAUGGAAAGAUUAUUGAUGCAAAGUUCAAAACUUUUGGAUGUGGAUCUGCUAUCGCUUCAAGCAGCUUGGCUACAGAAUGGAUCAAUGGAAAGACCGUUGACUAUGCUGAAAAAAUCAAGAACGAUCAGAUUGCUAAGGAAUUGUGUCUUCCUCCAGUGAAACUACAUUGUUCAAUGCUGGCCCAAGACGCCAUACAAGCAGCUUUGAAGGAUUAUAAGAAGAAACAAGCGAAGAAGUUGCAGUCAGCCAAGUAAAAUCUCGGUUUUUGUACAGGUUGCUCCAUCUUAUUGUUACAUGUAUGUCUGUGCUGUCGUGUUGGAGUCUAGUUGUUUCUUGAGCCUGCGUUGAUUAGUUGUACAAAUUCACUUGGUGAGUUUUAUACGACCGACUGGCGUGUCGUGUCAACACUGUAUGAUUCUUCUAGAAAGCUGCUAUAACAACGAAAUUACUAGCAAAUUUUUGUAAUGAAAGAACUAAGAAUAAAUUAUUUCGUGGUUUC